AUGGAUCCUAAAAUCAUAGAAGAGCUGCAACACUCCACAACUCGACUGCCACCGUUUCUCUUCCGAGCCUUCUCAGUCGAGUGCUCUCGAGGCAUCAACGACACCCAAGAAAUGCGACCGAUGAGAACGAGAGGCUUCCCCAGACAAAGCAUAUUCGCACAGCCUUAUGAUGAGACCAGGGGAAUGUUGCGAGAGCACCUGCUCUGGAACUACCGGAGCCCGUCCAACUUCAUCUCUUGGUCCAGCUCGAUUAUCUGGGUGCUGGAGCACGCGGCUCGAAUGCACAGACAUGAAGAGAAAAGCAAUGUUCACAUCGCGGUCAUGGACGUGAAGAAGAUCCACGACAUGGCAAUCUUCCCCGCAACAACUCUGAUGCGAGUCUACAGAGUUCCCGCCAGUGGCGAUGACAAGGCGCAUAAGCUUCAGCGUGCCUUUUACACGUCUGAAUACCUGUUCUAUGGGGCUCUACUGAACUCCAAAUACGAUCCCUGCUUCAAAGCGGUGCGCUGGGAUCAUUUCUGCAAGGCUGAUCUGUGUAACACCAUGACGACCUUCUCCGCCCGACCCACCAACGAUGACAGACUCUAUCUGCGUAUCGAAGAGCUCCGUGUCAGUCUCCCAAACGGUAAUGGCAUGGUACGUUCACAAGACAUGCUGCCACCGAUAGUUGCAAUCGCCUCGCUUUUCGGCACAGAGUUCCAGGUGGUUGUCACCAUUGCUCUUAUCACUACACUCUACGGCCAUCGCACUCCUCUAGCAACAGACUUUAUACGAUAUGUGACAAAUCUUCGACUGAAUUGCCCACGAGACGUUAAGGAUAUCGUUGGAUUCGAUUUCAGGUCUCAAAUUGACCCCAAUCUAGUCAAAGUUGUGCGCAUGUACGAGACCUUGACAGGGACUUUGGGGCUUAGUCGGGGAUCUGGAGAUACCAUGACCACGGAAGCAGAAGGCGAACAGACCGCAUCCGUUGCCAGUAUGGCCGUUCAGGUGGGAGGCAUGACAUUAUCAACGUAA